UAAUGACUGAAAACUCAAAUAAGGCAUCAGAAAAAGGAUCUGAACUCUGGGAUGAACAAGAUAUUUAUGACACUAGAAAGAAAAGCUCAAGAAGCUCCAAGCGGAACCAUUGGCUCCCCCAAGAAGACGAAGCUAUUACUAAACUAGUUAACAGGUUUGGAACAAAGCAAUGGAAGACUAUUUCUAAAGAAUACUCCAAGAUCACUAAGAAUAAGAAGAGGAGUGCCAAACAGUGAAGAGAAAGGUGGCAUAACCACCUUGAUCCUAAGAUUAACAAGGAGCCAAUCACUCUUGAUGAAGAAAGGAAAAUCUUCGAAUACCACCAGAGAUUGGGAAACAAAUGGGCUCAGAUUGCCAACAUUCUUGAUGGAAGAACGGACAAUAUGAUUAAGAACCAGUUCUACAGUACGCUCAGGAGACAGCUUCGAAAAAUCAAUAGAAUAAUGCAAUGAAAUAAAUUUGUCGAACUUAUUGGGGGUAAAGUCAAGGCGAUCACCCAAGACGAGCUUUACAAAUAUAUCAAAGAUGAAAAAAUAGAUUAUGAUGAUAUCAAAAAUGUUUAUUCCCGAGCUAUUUCUAAUUCACAAGAUUUACAAGUCCAGAAGCUCAAAUGUGAAGCCAUAGCUGAGACUAAGACUGAGAAGAAGCAAGAGCAACGCUGAUCUCUCAAGAACAGAAGGUCUUAUAGGCUAAGUAAGAAAGAAAAGGAUGACAAAGAGGAUGACUACAAUCUUACCAAAGUUGGAUUCCUGACUCUAUUCAAAAUUCUUAGGGAUUUCAGAAUUAAACACAAGGAUAGCCUGCACACUUUCGCAUCACAAAGUUCCUGAGAUUCACCGAGAUCUUCAGCUGGUAAAAGUUUAGAAUGCACUAUUAAGAACAAAAGGAGCAAAAAUGAGGAAUCCAAAAAGGACUCUAAGCAAAUCGAGCAAGAAGAUCUAAGAGAUAGUAGUGACAAGUUCAUUGAGAAGUGCUCUAGCCCAACAAAUCGGGAAGUCUGGCCAAAGAGAUAUUAAAA